GUACCAACAGCUCAUUCUUGCGUCAAGCAUCAUUGCGAAAAGUCGAUCUCUCAUUCACUGUCCUGACGAAUAAGAGUUGAUUGACAAUUUAACAAUGUGGAUCCACGAAAGUGAAGCGCACAAAUAUAUCGCGCCUAGACGUGUGCAGAAAGGUGUUCUUCUGUUCGAUCUGAAAGUCACGCUCAUUGAUACGGAGCCCGAAGUUUGGCGAACUGUCUCAGUUCCGUCAAAUUUUACGCUGGAACAAUUGGGCAGAGUAGCUGCACGGGCUAUUGGCUGGAUUCCACGUUACUUUCACUUCUUCGACCAUGACGGAACGUUUAUUGAAGGAUACGAUCCCUACAACUUUAUGGAAGAGGACGAACAAAAGGAGCACGAACAAAAAAAAGCCAAAAAGGAUAUUGCACGGAACAUAAUAAUCUCGAGCAUAUUUUGCAACACAGACCCUGCGAAAAGAACAAUCACUAUGGACUAUGGAAGCGAUGGAUGGUUGCAUGAAAUCACGUUCGUAGACAUGAAACAGCCGGAUAAGAAGUUCUAUCCGAAAUGCAUUGAUGGUAAAAAUGCAUGUCCUCCGGAGGAUUGUAGUGGUGGUCCGGAUGCAUACAGAGACAUUUUGGCCGCGUUGAGCGAUCGGAAACACGCUGAACAUAAGGAAACGAAAGAGUGGUUGGAAAAUUCCGGUUACAAACGAUUCAAUCCGAAAAAAUUUAGCGUUGCGUCCGUUUCGUUUUAAUUUGAAACACUCGCAUCGUUCUGUUAGUUUUAUUAGCAUCAGACCAACUAUAGAGACCUAAUGAGAAA